AUGCCCAUAAAGAAGAAUAGUACGAAACCCUGUGCUCAUACAGUCCCUAUUAACAAUACUACUAUUGCUGCUGCUACUACUAAUACUAUUAAUACUAAUAUUACUACUUCUAUUGCUGCCCCUACUAAUACUAUUAAUAUUCAAUCGCAAGGAAGAGUUCACCCAUCGCAUCGGAAUACAACAACGACUGUGAAUCCUUCUUAUAUUGCUGUUCCCAUUCGGGCCCGUACAUCUCAACAUCGACUCUCCGCUCCAUUUCCACAUCACGCAGAGAAAAGAAAUAAAGUGAUGGAUUGCGUGGAAAAGGAACUCACACGGCAGGCAAUACACAAUACCCAUACUGAUAAUAAUAAUAAUAAUAAUAAUAAUAAUAAUAAUAAUAAUAAUAAUGACGAGAAGGAGAAGGAGAAGGAGAAAAAGAAUAAAAAGAAGCAACCUGAGGAAAAUAAUAAUAAUAAUAAUAAUAAUAAUAAUAAUAAUAUGGAGGAGGGAGGGAUAGCAUUACGAAUACAAGAGAAAGAUGAAGAAGAAGAAGAAGAAGAUGAACGAAUGAAGAUAUUAUUACGGUAUAGAGAUGCGGCGGAGCGGGUUGUCUACACAGAUGCGGGGAAUGCCGUUGUGCGGUCUGCGUGGGGUUCCGUAAAGAGUCCAACCAACACAAAUCCCACAGUCCCUUCUUUUUCUUCUUUCUCCAAUAUAAAUAACAACAAUAACAACAAUCAUCAUUAUUAUUAUCAUCAUAAGGAAGAGAAGAAUAAGAAUAAGAAAGAAGAAGAACAACAACAUUAUCCUCAUCCUCCUAAACUCCAUAAUCUCAAUGAGAAGCAUCUUAUCCCUAAUACUAUGUAUAGUGAUAACUUAAGCCCUAACUACUAUAAUAAUAAUAAUAAUCAUCAUCAUAUUAAUAAUAAUCAUCAUAUUAAUAAUAAUAAUAAUAAUAAUAGGAGAUCUCCGCCAGUAACGACAGUUGUGCCUUGGGGUCGACACGACAUUCGCCGUACACUGCGAUUACCCUUCAUUGCACCUCCAAAACACAAUAAUAUUAAUAAUAAUCAUAAUAAUAAUACUAUUGAUAUUGAUAAUACUAUUGAUAAUGAUAAUAAUAAUAAUAUUGAUAAUAAUAAUAAUGUUAAAGAAAAAGAGGAAGAGGUGAGUGAGCAAACAUUAGCGGCAGUGGCGGCGGUGGCGGAAAAACACCGAUUGCAGUAUUUGGAGGCCCGCAGAGCCAUUCGACGGGAUGCGAGUCUUGCGUACAGUACGUUGUUUGAGCGCACACUCGCCGGCCUCACACGCGAGCGGGAUAUUCUGCAGAAAGUAAAUGAUAUCGUCGAGGAGGUGCGGAAUGCCGUCACUGAAGAGGAGGAAGAAGAAGAAGAAAAGGAAGAAAUGGAAGAAGAAACAGCGGAGAAUAUUAAUAUUAAUAAUAAUAAUAAUAAUAAUAAUAAUGAUAAUAAUGAUGAUAAUAAUAAUAAUGAUGAUAAUAAUGAUGAUAAUAAUAAUGAUAAUGAUGAUAAGAAUGAUGAUAAGAAUGAUGAUAAGAAGGAUGAGAAUGUUAAUAAUAAUAGUAGUAAUAAUAAUAAUAAUAAUAAUAAUAAUAAUAAUAAUAAUAAUAAUAAUAAUAAUAAUAAAGAUAAUAAAGAUAAUAAGAUUAAGAUUAAGAAUGGGCAUAUCUAUACUAUUGUACAGGCAGAAGAAGGGGAAGAGGGUGAAGGGCCCCGCACGGUUUAUCAUCCACUCGUCCCCUCCACAACAGACGGCAGCGGCCUCAUAUCUACACAAGGAGAAAAUACAAAUUUAACCAAAACAACAAAAACAACGGUUUAUCUUUUACCAUCAUUGCCCUGUUUAUGCCGUCCACACACUCAACAAACAUCCUCAUCAUCAUUAUUAUCUUCAUUAUCUUUACAAACUCAACGUCAACAACAAGAGGAGUCGGAACUCGCCAUGACGAAAUCAAUAUUGCAGGAAAAAUUAAUGGCUAUAUUAGACAAAGAGUCCAAAAGCGGCAAUACACGAGAGAGAGGAGUGUUGAGUGCAGAGAUACCACAAACAACAACAACAACAACAACAGCCGUGUGUGAGGAUAAUAUUAAUAUUAAUAAUAAUAAUAAUAAUAAUAAUAAUAAUAAUAAUAAUGGUAUGCUGGAAAAGGGGAGUACACUUCCACUUCUUAAUGAAGAGGCAUUGAGAGAAGAAAAAGAAAAAAUGGAAGCAGCAGCAGCAGCA